AUGUUUCGUUACAUCGCUACCCAACUUACAACAAAGUCUCGUCAGGUCGUCCAGGUCGUUUCUCAGCGCGGCUUUGCAGUGUCAGCACUUACGGUAGACAAUCCAUACACGGGAGAGACAUUUUGCGAGGUUGUCUAUGACUCAAAGGCCGAGGCGCACACCAAACUCGAUGCUGCUGUGAUGGCGCAGCUCGACUGGAAGAACGUGCCGCUCAACGAACGUCAAAGACUGUGCACCAAUUGGAUCAACGUUCUCUCUAGCAAUGCAGCAGAUAUUUCUAACGACAUUUCCGGCAUGAUGGGAAAGCCUGUGCAGCAAGCGCGCAACGAGAUCAAUGGCACAAUUGACCGUGCCAAAGCACUCAUCAACUUGUCAAAUGAAGCGCUGUGCAAGGAAUCGUUUCCAGAAGAGAAUGGCCUGUUUCGUCAGAUCACACACGACCCUGUUGGCGUCGUUUACGUCAUUCCGAUUUUAAUGUUUCGCAACCACUUUUAUGCGGAUCAGGCUCCGUGGAACUACCCUCUUAUGACGGCGGUCAACUCGAUCAUUCCUGCUGUACUCGCUGGUAACACGGUGUUGUUAAAGCACUCACCUCGCACUCCACUCUGUGGAGAGCACUACGCAAAGACAUUCGAGCAAGCCGGUUUCCCGAAGAACGUUCUCCAGUCAUCGUUUGUUGAGCAUGACACGGCUGCUGAAAUCAUCCAGCGCCCGGAGAUCGCAUUUGUAUCGUUCACUGGAUCUGUCCGAGGUGGUCGCCAAGUCCAACAGACGCUGUCUCAGCGCUCGAUCGAUGUAACAUUGGAGCUCGGAGGGAAUGACGCCGGAUACGUGACAGCCAAUGCAGACGCUGAAGCUGCUGCAGAGGCUCUGGUGGACGGUGUUUGCUACAACUCUGGUCAAUCGUGCUGCGGUGUAGAGAGAAUUUACGUCCACGAGGCGAAGUAUGACCAGUUCUUGGAGAAGGCGAUCAGCUUGUUCGAGGCGUACAACCUGGGCAACCCGACCGACGCAAAAACGUCAAUGGGUCCGAUGGCCCUUCCUACCGCUCCGGAAAUGCUCGAUGCUCACGUGAAAGAUGCUAUGGCGAAGGGUGCUCUCCGACUGACAGGCAGCGGAAUUGUUACGGAUGCUGCUGGAAAAGGCCGCUUUUACUCGCCUACCCUCCUUGGUAACUGUAAUAACUCCAUGGACAUUAUGACAGAGGAAUCGUUCGGACCAAUUGUCGGCGUCGAGCGCGUUUCAUCGGAUGCUGAUGCAAUUGAGAAGAUAAACGACAGCAAGUACGGACUGACGGCCUCUAUCUUUUCAUCGGACCGUGAGCAAGCUAUGGUGGUGGGUUCGCAGAUCAGUGUCGGCACUGUGUACAUGAACCGAUGUGAUGUGCUGGAUCCCUACCUUCCUUGGACCGGCAACCGUGAUUCUGGUAAAGGCAUUAGCCUCUCCAAGCACGGGUUCCGCAGCGUCACGAAACUCAAAUCGUGGAACUUCCGUGUUUAG